UCCGUGUCCGUGGCUGAGGGCUGGACGGACACGCUGCAGACAUGUCCAUACUGCUGCCCCUCCUGCGCCGCCUCGGGCCGCCCCUGAGGCUCCCGACGCGGCACCUCCGGCGGGACAUCAGCUACGUGGAGAGGGUUCGCUUCCUGCAGCACCUCAAGGAACAGGACUCCCUCUGUUCCUCCUUCCUCCCUGACGGCCACUUCCUCCUGUACUACCGCAGCAAGCCUCUUCUGCGCGUCGACAAGGCCAACACCGAGGAGGCAAUCGUGUGGCUCACUUAUCCAGAGUUGCUGAAAUAUUACCCGGAGGUGUUGCGUUCCUCCGUGCUGCUGGAUGUCUCGGAGGAGGGCAAGCCAAGGUACAGUGUGCAGGUGGGGGAGCUGCCGUCGCACACCAAGGAGAAGCUGGAGGACGACACGGGCGGCCUCUUCACGGACCUCCGGCUUGGGCUGUUCAUGGUGAGCUGGCAGGACGCCCACACUCUGUCCCGGGCCAACUGCGUGCUCAUGUGGAACAAAAACAACGCCUUCUGUGGCAAGUGUGGCACGGCGACCAACAGGAGCGCUUCAGGCUACUCCCGUCGAUGCACCAGCUGCAGCCAGACGCACUACCCCAGCUCGGCACCAGUGGGCAUCGUGCUUGUGACGGAUCCCGAGCACCAGCACAUUGUUUUGGUGCGCCAGCCUCGCCACCCCCAGGGAAUGUACUCCUGCAUCGCCGGUUUCUCUGAUGUGGGUGAGAAUCUAGAGGAGACGGUGCGCAGGGAGGUGGCGGAGGAGGUGGGCAUCGAGGUGGCGGUGGUGAGGUACAUCGCGUCCCAACACUGGCCCUUCCCCGGCUCCCUCAUGACCGGGUGCUUCGCUGAGGUGGAGAAACAGCCGCUUGAUAUCGACACAAACGAACUUCAGGACGCCAAAUGGUUCACCAGGGAGGAGGUGGGAACCGCCUUAGACCGCAUCAACUCCAACCCACACAUGAGGCUGCGCGGGAACCCAUCGGGGGAGCUGUUUGUGCCGCCCCCUGGAGCCAUCGCCUUCCACCUCAUCUCCCACUGGUUCAAGGGCACACCCAUUCAGGAGAUUUACCAGCACAUCUAUUGAGGGUGGCCAGCAGUGGGUGUUUAGUGUGGAAGGGUGUGGAGCCUUUCAUAUCAUUGCAUAGCUACUUCAGUCUGUGUUGAAGGAUGUGGUGUGGGUCUGAGAGGUUUGUAUAGCUGUGUGUGUGUGUGUGUGUGUGUGUGUGUGAGGGAGUGUAGCAUUGUGAACCACUGCAUCGCUACUUGAGUCUGUGUCUUUAAAAACAGGACACUGGAAUUCAGGUUUUAGAUGCAUGGGGGCUGAUCAGGGAGGGCGUUUUUGUGAGUCCAAGUCUGUAUAGGUGUGUGUGUCUGACAUAGGUACUUGAGUCUGUGUUCCAGCACACCAUAGUAAAAGUACAGACUGGGCCCAAGCAUAGGGAGAAGAUGGCUCAUGUUCUUAAUAAAAGUGUCUCAGGA